CUUUCUGACUCCCAGCAUCGAUGGCAGCCCGGUGAUGCUGUCAUAGAACUGUUUAACGUCGCGAAGGGGGCCGUCGUAUUGUAACUGGUAAUCAUGAUUGGCUACAUUAACGUGUAGGCCUAAGUAGGACAACGUGCAGUUGUGUGCGACCACUCAGUGAUAGAAUCGGCUACAACCUGUUUGUCAUAGAUUGUGGCUGUUUUUAUUUGGGCUUGUAAAAGACGUGCGCGCAUCUUAUAUCGCGUAUAGCCGCGGUCGGCUUGAAUAAUACAUCUCUCUUUUACUCGGAGGUUUGUCGCAGGUUUUCAAGGGCAUCGGUGAGCGUCACAGUGCAGCAGCGAUGUGCAUGUUUGACGGCUAGACGGAGCAAGAGGGAAGGACACCGUUUCUGCUGCUGCAGUCGUUGAGUUUAACUUUGUCGGUCAGAUCCAGGGUAGGCUACAAGCGCUCUGCUUUAGCUGCUCACUCGGUUCGCCGCCUGGCUUUCUGAUGCGACGUCAUGUGUUGAUCGCGCCUGACAGAUGUUGCUGUGUUGCAGUUGCACAGGCAUAGAGUCUCCGCUUGCUCUCGCUGCUUUUGGGAGGAUUCUGUUAAACGGUUCGUGCGAUACAUGCUAAGUCCUCGCUGCAUGCUCGGACGGAUCGCAACAUUCAUUUAGUCUUCUGGAUUGCAUAAAAUGAUACCUGGAUCCGCCGCAUCAAUGCUACCAUCUGCAGAAGCUGCGAAACUGUACCAGACCAAUUACGUCCGCAACUCCCGUGUAAUCGGACUUUUAUGGGCCAUCUUCACUAUCCUGUUCGGUAUUGUUAACGUGACCAUCUUCUCACAGCCCUACUGGAUUGGGGAUGGUGUUGAUACACCGCAGGCCGGUUACUUCGGCCUUUUUCACUAUUGCGUCGGAGAUGGCAUCUCCAAAGACAUGGCCUGCCAGGGUAGCUUCACCGAGUUCGCCGAAAUCCCGUCCACUGCGUUCAAGGCCGCCUCCUUCUUGAUUGGAAUGUCCAUGAUGUUGGUUGUCACCUGCAUUGGCUGCUUCAGUCUCUUCUUCCUCCUCAGCACCUCCACCGUGUACAAGAUCUGCGGCUGGAUGCAAGCAGCAUCAGGUGUCUGUUUGGUGUUGGGUUGUAUGAUCUAUCCUGAUGGUUGGGACAGUGACGAGGUCCGGAAGAUGUGUGGAGAGCAGACAGACAAAUACAGCCUGGGGGCCUGCUCAGUGCGUUGGGCUUACAUCUUGGCUAUUAUGGGCAUCCUGGAUGCUCUAAUCCUCUCCUUCCUGGCUUUUGUCCUGGGGAACAGACAGGAUGGACUCAUGACAGAAGAGCUGCUGGCUGAGAGCAAGGAGGGAGGCAAUGCCUAACCAAAUCUUAAGGUUCCUGAAUUUCCAUGUGUCUGUUUUCAUGAAGUACCAG